CACCGAGCUGCGCAGUUUGUUAAGCUACUUUUGGUUUGUGUUGUGGAUUAAACUGUCUACCGUGCUCGCUUUAUAAUCUGCAUUUUCUGUCUUUUUAACCUAAAUAAUGUCGCAUGUGUGCUGUCCAGAUCAGCUCAGCAGGAGUGGUGUAUGUAAGCAGUGCCCUGCAGCUGUAAUAAACCAUUAGACAUUAGCGAGUAGUUACUUUAGUUUGUUUAUUUGUUUGCUUCAUGCAUAGUUUAUAUAACAUACUCAGUGAAUUCACUUUAUACAUGCGUGCUUCAGAUUUGCAGUCAUCUGGACUUUGUUCUGUCGUCAAAACUUUUUGUAGACUUUUUGUAGAAUAUGGAGUCAUGGCGCCCUCCCCUGGAUUAAACCUGAUAUUUACAUCACAUCCCUCAGACACGAGCACUGCACUGUUCUGACAUGUUCACAACAAAUAUUCAAGUGUUUAAGACUUUUCUGUUUGUUUGUUUUGACUGAAAUUAUAAUUGUGUAAGAUUCAUACACAAAACCAGUUGGGCUUGGGUACUGAAACAAACUUUUAAUAAAAUUAAAUGUUACUUUAUAUUAAUAAAUAAAUACUUUUUCUUGUAAUCCCACUAAAUGUAUGCCUAUUUUGCAGUCAUAUCUCUUAUUCGAACUUUCCAUGAUUUUUAACUUCCACCUGCUUCUAAGAGAGAUGAUUCACAUGCCCCCACACUGAGAGGUAAAGAUAGCAUUCGCAUCUUAUGUUUUAUGGUAUGAUGUAGUUUGAUCAAUUUUUUGAUGAAAACAAAAGGUGUUCAUAGAAUGGUGCCAGAGAAAGUUUGCAGAUUUGACAGCAUGGCUCACUGAGUUCCUCCCACGUCAAUGGUCCACAUUUCAGUCAUUUCAAGAAGAUGAUCAUGGAAGACUCUGUUGAUGUCAUCCUUCAGGAGAAAACGUUACAUCAUGCUCAGGAAAGGCCGCUUGUCAUGGCUGCCUCAGGAGCUAUGCUCAUGGCCUCUUACGCGCUUUGGACAGUUUUUGCACUGCCUGGCUUUCGGAAAGUGCCAACAAGCCUAAAGGUGCCGUACUUGCCCUCGAGUGGGGUGCAGACGCAGAACGUUAUGCGGCUCCUGCAGGGCAGAAGAGGCUGUCUGGCAGAUCUGGGCUCUGGAGAUGGAAGACUUGGUCCCUGGUUCAGUCCUGGACGGGUUUCUUCUGGGUUCUCCGAUUUCUUCCCACCUCCCGAGAACAUGCCAGUGUUUGCUGUCUCGUCAUUGGGCUUCCAGUGUACUGGCUUUGAAAUAAACUCCAUUCUGAUAGGCUAUGCCAGAGCCAGAGCAAGGUGGAUGGGAAUUCCAACUGCUUCAGCAAGAUUUGUGAAUGAGGACUUCUGGAAGACUGACUUGUCCCGUUAUAAGAACGUGACAGUCUUCUUGGCGCCUGGAGUGAUGGAAGUGCUAGGCAGGAAGCUGGAGCAGGAGUUGGCUCAUGAUGCCAGGGUGAUCGCCUGUCGUUUCCCGUUCCCUCACUGGCAUGCUUCAGCAUCAGAGGGACAAGGACUGGACAAGGCCUGGGCCUACGACAUGGCUACAGUUCGCAGACUCCUAACAUGAGCUCCAACAAAUCACUGCAAGCCUUUUUCACUACUGCCAAAUGGAUAUGUACAAACCCACAGCACUUAUUGAAUUUAAUUGAAUUGUUAUAUUAAACUUGCUGACUCUGAUUUACAACAUUAAAGCAGUGAACCGAA